CUCUUCGACGUCGGCCGUAGAAGAAAGAGAAAAGAAGCUCGAUUUUUAUUUCCUUCUUCUUCCUUUCUUCUUCGUCAGCUUUGUCCCUCUUUCUGCAGAAAAUUUAUCCUUCGAUCUGAUCUCAUCUGGUCGUUGACGUGGGUUUAAUUUGAUCAUCUUCUCCAUAGGGUUCUAUGGCAGGAUUAGCGGGCCAGAGUAUGGUUCUUGAACUACUUGGAUGGGUUGUCAAGUAGGGAGUCGAAUUUCUGGUAUAAGCCGUAACAGUUGAUUCUGAGUAAUGGCAGGAAGUACUAGAUUUGAGUUGGCUUCAGGUAGUCCAGAGGGAUCGGCUUUUGCUGGCACCUAUCCAAAUGGCCAAAGGGGAAACUACAGUGCUAGCUUGGAUAGGUCAAGGAGCUUCCGGGAGGGUAUGGAGAACCGGAUGCUAAGUUCUGGCUCUGGUUCAUCCAGAGGGACUACCGCGUUGUCAGCAAAUUUGCAGUCUUUGUUCCAGUGUCUGACAAUGGAGCCAAUUACGUUGGGUAACAAGAAAGCCUUCGAAGAUUUAAGGAAGUCUCUUUGUGUUUCUCUUGGAGGUACCUCCGACGAGCAACUUCUUGGAUCUUCCAUCUCCAAGCCUUUUUCUCCAGCAUUUAUAGGGUCCCUAAAACAUUUUAAAGCAACUGCACAGGAUGUCUAUAGAAAGGCCAGGGAUAGGGCGAAAACCUUGAGUGAAUCCUUAAGCAAAUUGGACGAGUAUUGUGAAGUCCUUGACUCCAGGAAGCAGCGGAGGAGCGAACUCUUAUCAAAUGAAAGGUCAAGUGGGACAAAUUUGUUGAAGAUGGGUAGUCAGACACAUCAAAACCGUCCAGACCUUGUAGGUCAACGGCUGGAGGAGAGGACUAAGAAUGUUGUUCCAAAUAAGCGUGUUCGCACAUCGGUGGCUGAAGUACGGGCUGAAGGUCGGACUACUAACCUCUCAAGGCCACCUGUUGUCACGGAAAAGGAUAGAGAUAUGCUUAGGGCUGGUAAUGGGAGUUCUGUUCAGGUUGAAGAAAAGAUCCGUGGACUCCCUGCUGGAGGGGAGGGGUGGGACAAAAAAAUGAAAAGGAAACGAUCUGUAGGCACAGUGGUCACAAGAGCUAUGGAUGGAGAACGUGAAAUUAAAAGAACAAUGCAUCAAAAGCUUGCAAAUGAUUCUAGGUCACGAGCUUGUGAUAUCCAUGGCCUCCGAUCUGGACCCUCUAAUGGGAUUAGUGGAAUCAACAAGUUGGAUGGUACAUCCCAGUCUACUAGUUCAAAUACACACACAAUACCCAAGACUGAUAUGGAAAAUGUCUCCCUUCCAAGGGACCGUGCGACUGGAUUGGAUAAGGAGAGAAGUGUAGCAAAGGGAAAUAACAAGUUAAAUAUUCGUGAUGAAACUCAGAUGGGCAGCUUCAGUCCAGUUACAAAAGGAAAGGCUUCUAGAGCACCAAGAAAUGGUUCUGUUGCAGUGCAAAACUCAUCUCCUACCUUCCACCGCAUGCCUGGAGCUCAUGAUGGGUGGGAACAAUCUCAAAACCUGAAUAAAAUCCAGUCCAUGAAUGGGACAAUCAAUCGCAAACGUCCCAUGCCUGCUGGAUCAUCUUCACCCCCCAUGGCCCAAUGGGUUGGUCAGAGGCCACAUAAAAUCUCACGAACAAGAAGGGCAAAUCUUGUUUCUCCUGUUUCAAACCCUGAUGAUACUCAGAUAUUAUCUGAUGGCUUUCCAACUUCGGAUAUUGGUAGUAGAUUAACAUCUAAUGAGACUAAUGGAUCUGUACUUGUGAGGAGUAUGUCCAACAAUACACAACAAUUAAAGAUGAAACUUGAGAAUGUUCCUUCUCCAGCAAGAUUGUCUGAAAGUGAAGAAUCUGGUGCGGGUGAAAACAAAAUGAGGGACAAAGGGGUAGAUAAUGGAAACAUAGAGGACAGAGGCAUGAAUGCAGUUAAAGUUGGAACCUUCAUGUUGCAGAAGAAGAAUAAAAUGCUUGUUAAGGAAGAAAUUGGAGAUGGUGUCCGGAGACAAGGAAGGAGUGGAAGGGGUUCAUCCUUGUCAAGAGCAUGUGUUCCUCCAAUUAGAGAAAAACUGGAGAAUGCAGCCACAGCAAAGCCCCUGCGAAGCACAAAGCCUGGUUCUGACAAGAAUGAAAGUAAAUCAGGUCGUCCUCCUUCAAAAAAACUAUCAGAUCGCAAGGCUUUCGCUCGUCCUGGACAUACCAGUGGUUCCUCAGAUAUCACAGGUGAAUCGGAUGAUGACCAUGAAGAACUUUUAGAAGCUGCUAAUUCUGCUCGUAAUGCCAGCUAUAUUGCCUGUUCUAGUUCAUUCUGGAAGAAAAUGGAACCGCUUUUUGCUUCUGUCAGUGCAGAGAACUUGGCCUACUUGAGGAAACAGCUAACUUUUGCAGAGCAGCUUGAUGAAAGUCUGUUUCACAUGUUUUGUUCUGACUCUGAUGUUCUGGGUGAGCUUGUGCAUGAAGAAAAGUCAUUGUCUCAACCUCCUCUUUCUGGAGAAAUUCAAGGUAGCCAGCUAAAUGGAACCAGUUCCAAUAAAUCAGCCAGGACUGUAGAUUUGGUUUAUAAGUUACAGGACAGUGAUACUUUAAAUGGAAGGUUAGAUACAGAACGAAGGUUUGACAUGGUUACUCCAUUGUACCAAAGAGUUCUCUCAGCAUUGAUCGAAGAGGAUGGACAUGAAGAAUUUGACCAUGAUAGUGAAAGGCAAAGUGUUUCUUUUCAAUAUGGUGAAGAUUCUUCUUAUGGUACAUGUAUGAAUAUUGACUUUGAACCUAAAGAUGGGGACAUGAUAGAAUCUGAAAUUGAGUCUGAGUUGGAUGUUAGGCCUGAAAAGCAAUAUUCAUUGGACACAUUUUCAUGUGAUGGGAGUACUGCUUCUAAUAGCUUUAGAAGCCCAAACAUCCAGAAACCUUUAUAUAGUGAUGAACAGUGGCAAGGAGAUGAUGGUUUAGUACAUUCAGAGGUUGGAGUUGCAUCUGGCUGUGUUCGAACAAAUUUAGAUGGGUCCCAACAUUCUCAUACAGAUACUUCUAGCAUUUCUUCGUUUGAGUUCCAAUAUCAACAUAUGUCUCUGAAUGACAGACUCUUGUUGGAGCUGCAGAGUAUUGGCCUCUAUGUGGAAAUGGUGCCUGAUCUGGCAGAGGGAGAAGAAGAGAUAAAUAACAACAUCGUUAAACUUAAGAAGGGGCUUUACCGACAGGUAGGGAAAAAGAAAAGUCAUUUGUCCAAAAUAGACAAGGCUAUUCAAGAAGAGAGAGAGAUGGAAGAACGAAAACUUGAGGAACUUGCAAUGUACAAACUUACUGAGAGAGCUUAUAGGAAGCAACUGGCCUGCCGAGGAAAUCAUCCUUCCAAGCAUGGGGUCAGUAAGAUCUCAAAGCAAGCUGCUUUGGCUUUUGCCCAGCGAACUCUUUCUAGAUGUCACAAUUUUGAGGAUACAGGAAGAAGUUGCUUUAGUGAACCUGCAUUUCGGGACGUUUUGUUUUCUCUACCUUUGUAUGGAAGUAAUACAAAAUUUGCAUAUGCUGUUGGCUCUGGGGUGGCUACAAAUACAUAUACUGAAGCUCAAAGCUGUCAACCAGAGCUUAGAUCAUCAGCUACAGGUUCCUUUUCCAGUGGGGUUGAUCAACAUGGUCAUCAUAAUGAUAAGUUUGACAAGGGAUUAUCAGAUGUAUUUCAAACUCCUACUCACUCAUCUGACCAUGCUUUUGGAAAGCAUGACCCGAUAACAAACCGUGGGAAGAGGAAAGAAGUGCUGCUUGAUGAUGUUGUUGGCUCUGCUGGAUCAAGAGGCACACCGGCUCUUGGAAACACCAUUUUGGGUGGAACUAAAGGGAAGAGAAGUGAGAGAGAGAGGGAUCAGAACAAAGAUAUAUUAACAAGAACUUCUGUAGCAAAAUCUGGCCGUCCAUCAUUGCAAAGUUUUAGGGGCGAGCGCAAAACAAAGACAAAGUCAAAGCAAAAAACAGCUCACUUAUCAAAUUCUGGAAAUGGACUCCUUGGCAGGCUUACAGAAACAACACAUCCUACAUAUCCUUCAGUGCGUGGAUCCAGUGAAAAGGUCACAAACAGUACCAGUAAAAUGAGUGAAGUGGGUUUGCCCCCUGGUAAUGUUCCUCAGGAUUUGUCUAAGGAUAUUGAGGAGCCCAUUGACUUUUCAAACUUGCAGUUACAUGAGUUAGACUCCAUAGAAGAACUAGGUGUAUCUAAUGACCUUGGUGGGCAUCAAGAUCUCAGUUCUUGGUUGAACUUUGAUGAAGAUGGUUUGCAAGACCAUGAUUCAAUGGGACUUGAAAUACCUAUGGAUGACCUUUCUGAGUUAAACAUGCUCAUCUGAAGGAAGCACCUUGUACAUCUGUCAUAGUCAACAGUUAUGGAAGAAUGCUAAAGCUGUUGCGGAGAUACAACUAACUACUUAUAUAUGCCAUACAAAUGGGAACUUGUAAUUAUGGUAGUCCAUUCUUUUGUAUACUUCUUUCAAGAGGUUGUUGACAAGAGUCCUUAUUGUUUAUGUGAUCUCAAUAACUCCUUGUAUCAAAUGAAUGUCUUUUCUAAGAGCCUUUGAAAUUUGUUUUAUUUAGGAGUUAGUAUUUUUGAGCUUUUGUUUACCUCCUCACUUGAUGUAUCCUGGCCAUGUCUGGGAUCUUAGUGUGGAUGCAAAUUGUACAUUAAUUCCAUUUAUCAAAGAAUUUUGAAGCCUUCAUAUGUAGCAC